UCUCCCCCUCUUCUCAUUCCGCCAUUUCCCAAUUUCCCUCAGCUCAGGUCUUUGAUAGGAGGGAUCCUUCUGCUCCAGUGAAACCCUCUCACCGAGAUUUUCGUCGGGAACCGAGAUUUUACCGAGAUCUAAUUCAACCCACGCGGAAAGGAUUAUUAUAUUUUUAUAAGCUGGCAGCUAAUGGCUGAUUAUGGCCCGCAGCCAAGGCAGGCGAGUGGAUCUAAGCGGCCCGUUCCACUGGAAGACGGGAACUGGGUCUGCGAAGACUCAGCUUGCCUCAAUGUUAACUACCCUCGUCGCACCGAGUGCCAUAAAUGCGGGAGGCAGCGGGGAGCUGUGGGGGAUACGAUCGUGGCGGAAUACAACAAGCGCAUGAGAGGCCAGCGAACCGGGGACUCGGGUGGUUAUGGUUACAGUCCCGGCAGAGUGCAGGUACUGCAGCAUGACCCCUACGCUGCAGCUGCGGCAGCUGGUUUUGGUGGUCCUGGUGGUGCUGGUGGUGCUGGUGCUGGCGGUGGUUUUGGUGGUGCUGGUGCUGGUGGUUUUGGUGCUGGUGCGACUCUUGCGUCCCAGUACUUUGUGGCUCCCGACCCCGGUUAUGGUGCUGGUGCAGGCCGAAGGUCCACGCUUAGUGCGGCCGCCGAAGGCAAGCGGUUAGCGGAGCAGCUUGUAGCGAGCUUCGCCAUGUCAGCAGACCCCAUCGCUGACGCGGGCGAGUGCCUCGCCUCCGCCACGCUCUGGCUCCAGACCAUGAAAUCGCGCAUGAACAUCCCCGGGGCAGCCGGCGGCGGAGACCCUUCCGCGGGCGCCGCCGCCGCCGCGCACGCCGCCGCCAAUAACGCCGCAAUGGCGGCAUACGGAUACGGACCAGCGGGCCCUGCGGGAGGGGAUCCGGGGGCAGGGAUGGCGUAUUACUACCAGCCUGCCGCGGGGGGGUAUGUGCAAGUGGGUGGGAUGCCUGCGUUUGCGGCCAUGGCUGCUGCUGCGCCUGCGCCCCGGCCCCCGUCUGUGAAGCCCAUCCCCGCUAAUAUCAGCUUCGAGGAUUAUAAGGAUCGCCCCAGUGACUUCCUCAGGGAGUUUGGAGACCCGGCAGCACUGCAGUCGCAGCGGGGGCUGAACCACACGCGCCCCGUGGUGGGGGUGAACGGCAACUGGGAGUGCUCCUCGUGCCAAAACGUCAACUUCCCCCGACGCCACAGCUGCCACCAGUGCGGCACCAAGCGCAGCGACGAGGGCGAGGAGAUCGUGCGCAACUAUGUGAAGCAGCUUAUAGAGGAGGCAAAGAAGCAGGCUGGGGUCUAGGUUUUGCCAGGAUUGUGUAUACUGCAGGUGGGUUUGGUGAUGUUUGAAUCAGUCUAGUUUGCCUGGCUUGAUUUGAGGGCAUCCCUAGUUGACAUGCCUUGUAUCCAAACUAUUUGUAUACUCUUGUACUGCAUCAUCUAUCUGAAAGAAACUG